CCCUGUUCGACCGGACGCCGUGAACCGCCCUACCUAUUUCAUGCCUGCCAUUGGUGGGCGCCCCCAUCAGCAUCAUCAGGCCCAGGCGCAUUUAUCCCACUCACGGGGCCGGACCCAGUCCUCGGUUGGAACAUGACGGAUUCCGGGCCCAGACCGCCCGUCAUCACGGGCUCAUCGAUGAUGGUGCCCGAUCAUUUCAAGUCGGAUUUUCUGUUCUUGCUGACGCGAUAUUUGGAGCAGGAGCCGGAUUUAGCGGGUGUGGGCCACAAUCUACGGGCAUUGAUCACCCAACAGGGCCUGCUGCAGCCGCGCUAUGACUGGCAGGGCCGCUCGCACGCCCGCACUUUUGAUGAGGUCGAGCGCGAAAAUCAGAACAUCUCGGGUCAACUUCUGUUGGAUUUGGCUUACCAAUUCUGCGCUCAACAUAACACGGGCCCGCAGCUGGGUAUGCGGGCUCGCACAUUAUUGGGUCGGAUGUCUGAUCCGCCCGCACCCCAGCCGUUACACCCCAUGCGUCGCUUGGGACUGGGCCAAUUGGGCCUGAAAGGGGCGGGGCCGUCGUCACGUGGGUGGCAUCAUCACUUGUGCGGUCAUUUGAAGCAUCUGCGGCGAACGCUGGGCCAUCUAGCCCGUGUGUAUUGUCUGUUGUUCGACCGGAGCGGGCAGUACGUGUUCACGGGUGCGGACGACUUGUUAGUGAAGUGUUGGCGGGUGACGGACGGGAAUCUGAUCCACACCUUUCGCGGCGCCUCGUCUGAGAUCACGGACAUGGCCAUUUCCCACGACAAUCGCUUGUUGGCCGCCGGCAGUGUGGACAAGAUCAUCCGGGUGUGGUGUCUUAAUUCGGCCGCACCCGUGGCUGUGCUCACCAAGCACACGGGCAUGAUCACGGCCAUCAAUUUCUGUCCAUAUACCGAAGACGGUCAUUACUAUCUAGCGUCCACGUCCGGUGACGGUACGGUCUCGUUUUGGAAGUACGGCUACAACGAGCACGAUACGGCCGAGUUCGACCCCGUGCCCACCCGUUAUCACGAGAAGAUCCGUCCGGGACAAGCGGGCAUGAUCUGCGCCUCGUUCUCGCCCGGCGGCAUCUUCUUUUGCGUGGGCUCGGCCGAUCACCACGUACGGGUCUAUCAAAUGAAUGGCCUCGAUGGGCCCGUGCGGAUCCUCGAGGAGGAGGCCCACAAUGACGUGGUCGAAUCGAUUCAGUGGUGCAACCAGCCGGACUUGCGCUUUCUGUCCGGUUCCAAGGACGGCACUGCCCGCAUCUGGAGCUUCAAGAGUCAGCGAUGGGUGUCCAUCCUCUUGGACAUGACGGACGGUGAGUCAUUCUUGAACCGUCCACCCCCGCCCAAGCCCUCGAAUCGCCCGCCCAAAAAGAACCCAAGCCACGCCAGUUCGUCACGGAAUCGGGCGGGCGGCGGCACGCGGUCUCGCGAAAAUCGCACAGUUCGCGUGGCUGAAGAUGUGGCCGAUGCGGAGGAGGGUACCUCGGCCGGCGGAGGGAGUGGCCCCGAUAAUGAAAGGCGCGUGACAAUGGUGGCCUGGACGCUAGACGACGUGACCGUGGUGACGGCGGUCUCCAACAAGACCCUGAAACUUUGGGACUCGCGCACGGGUCGACUCAAGGCCACCCUCAAAGGCCACGAAGGCGAGAUCUUCGUGCUUGAGCCCCAUCCCAUCAUGUGCAAUCUGAUGCUCUCGGCUGCUCACGACGGUCAGAUCAUUGUCUGGGAUCUGGACGAGGAGCGGGCUCUGUUCAGGCAUCGCAACAAGGUGGACGAUCAAAAUGUGGUGGCCGAGGUGUUUGAUGCCAAAUGGUCGCCGGAUUCCCUCACCAUCGCCGCCACCGACAGCUACGGCCAUCUACUCUUCAUUGGUCACGGGUCCUCGGAAAAGUAUGACCGCCUACCUCUAGAACUGUUCUUUCAUACGGAUUACCGUCCACUCCUCAGAGACUCGUUUCACCACGUGGUGGAUGAGCAGACCCAAGUCCCGCCCCAUCUCUUGCCCGCCCCGUUCCUCGUGGACUCGGAGGGCAACCCGUAUGAGGCUCAUAUUCAAAAGUUCGUCCCCGGUCGAGAACGCAUGUCUGAACGCGAGGCUCACCUCCCGGGUGGGCCUGAACCGAGUUUCAAUGUCCGGCCCGAGCAAGCUGCACCGCCUCCUGCACCGCCCACUCCUGUCGUAGCCGCUCCCAGUUCUGCACCCGUGUCAGUCCCGGGAGCGGAAGGGGUGGUAGCCGUGGAUCCAGUUCCAGGACCCUCUCGUGCACAAACGGGUCCGGAGUUGCGGAACGAAGAUUCCAAUGGGUCGACCUUGAGCUCAGGUGGACCCGUGGUUUCCGGGCGUGUCAUACUCAAGAAAGGUCAAGGUGCCUCACAAAAGGACAUUUGUGAGCAUAUGUCCAAAACGCAGACGUGUUCGAUCAUUGAGUCGUCCCGAUUCUUGAUUGAAGUGAACAAAGUGGCCUCUGACGGACAUGAAGCCUCGAGCAAAUCCCAUCCAUUCACGAGUAAGAGCAAGAAACCCAAGUCCACGGCCGCGGCCAAUGCUCGCCGACAUGAAGAUGAAGACGAUGGCGAGGACACCGAAGCCGAUCCUGAGCCUAAUGAGGGCGAGGAAGGCCAUGAGACCAGUGAUUGUUCCAUGGACGAGAGCGACUUCACUUCAGCCGAAUCCACCACCGAAGAGGAAACGGAUCACUCGGAUUGGGGCUCGGAUCAAGAUGAACAGCACCAGCAAAGUGCCGAUGGGCCCGAUGGGCCUGGCCGAUCCGGAUCCAAGAGCAAGAGGAAACAGCGCACCUCGUCCAUUGGAUCCCGGACUCCGACCCCCCGGAAGAAGGUGAUCAAGAGCAGCGAGAAGACCAAGAAGAAGCGCACGGCGGCUCAGCGAUGUCGGGAAAACAUGCUGAAACAUCCUAGUGAUAUCUCUGAUGCUUACAUGCCUUCCCAAUGGCUGUCCGAGUCCAUUCCCAAGAAGUCGCCCUACUUCCCGCAAAUGAACGAUGUGCUCAUGUAUUUCAAGCAAGGCCACAAGAAGUACAUUGACCUGGUCAAAACCCGCAAGACCUACCCGAUCAAUAUGCGCGAGGAGCGGGAUUGGAUGGCGCGGAAAACCAUCGGCGACGUGUGUUUGGUGCGAGUGGCGGGCAUCAAGUUCGAGAUCCGCCCACCCCGCCUCUGUGUGCUCAACUUGACCAUUCUCAACCAACACAACCUCAGAGCCAAUGGCGAGUCCUUCAGCAUCAAGUACCACGACAUGAACGAUGUGGUGGACUUCCUCGUUCUCCAUGACAUCUUCAAAAACUCGAAGGGCAAGCAUUGGAAAAAUGGCGAUCGGAUCCGUUGUCAGAUCGACGACUGUUGGUGGAAGGGCACGGUUCAGAAGGUGGAAUAUCACGAUGUGAACAAGCGAUCCCCGUUUCUGUCCAUUUACUGCCAUUGGGACAAUGGCGAGAAGGAGUUCCUCAGUCCGUGGGACAUUGAGGCCUUGGAUGCCGACACGGCCUUGGUCCCCGAUGGCACCAUGGUCACACCCGAGCAACUCAAGUCCUGUUUGUACCACCCCACCGUUGACGAAUGGAACUCCAUGGGCAUUGAGGGCGAGUCCAAACGGAUAUCCGACGCCUUGGAAGCUGUGAUGUCUCUGGCCAUUUCUGAGCCCUUCAAUUACCCCGUGGAUCUCACUGCUUAUCCCGAAUACAUGCUGGACGUGGAGUACCCCAUGGAUCUCAAUCUCAUCAAGACCAGGAUCGACAACAAAUUCUAUCGCCGGAUCGACGCCAUCGAGUACGACAUCAAGUAUGUGGCCUCCAAUGCGGCCAGCUUCAAUCGACCGCGGAGUGACAUUGUGCGCAAUGCCAAGAUCAUCACCAAGCUCAUUCUCGAGAUCAUCCACGAUCCCACCAAGUCUCAGGACGACGUCAGCAGUAUAUACCACCGACUGGUCGAGAACUUUGUUUGGUCCGAGAACGAGGACUACGAACCCGAUCUUGGGAACCCAAGGACGUCGGGGCACUCCAACGGCCAGGAUGAUGCCCACACUGCCAAUAGUGAUGACUCAAAUGAAAGCAGUGAUGACGAUGAUGAUGAUGAUGAUGAUGAUGAUGAAGAAGAAGAAGAAGAGGAUGGAUCCGAUGACCCUGGGGAGGGUCCGUCUUCUUCGGGCAGGUCGUUGAGAAAGAAGAAGAAAAAGAAGAAGAUCAACCAAAGUCCGCCCGCCACAUUGAAUCCGAAGAAGUGGAAACACGACUGCAACGAACUAUUGUCAGAUAUGGCCGCUCAUCCUUUGUCCGUGCCAUUCCGUGAGCCCGUGUCCGAACUGGAAUUCCCCGACUACUUCAAGCACAUCACCACUCCCAUGGACAUCUCAACCGUGCGUGAAUCCCUCCUCAUCGGCGAAUUCGACUCUCCCCACGAAUUCCGUCGGGACGUGCAUCUGAUCUUCCGCAACUCUCGGGAGUACAACACCGAUCCCAAGGCCAAGAUCCUCUCCAUGACACUGAAAUUGGAGGCGUGGUUCGAGCAACGCAUCAAUCCCAUCAUUGCCGAAUGGAAACGAACCACCCGAAGACUGGCCAUGAGCAAGAGUAAGAGCAAGAACAAAUCCUCGAAGGCCGAUGCCAAGGGCAAAGGUAAGGGUAAAGGCAAGGGCCAGUCCAACAACAUCAAAAAGAGCAAACCAAAGAAACCCGUCCCUGUUUUGUCUGAAGACGAUAACGAUCACGAGGAUGGUCAGUCUGAGAGCGAAGAGGACAUGGAAGAAGCUUCGCCCACAUCAUCCCCGGUGAAACGGCCUCGAAGUCAAGGCCCGAGACCGAUGCGAACAGCCAAUCCAGCUGCCAACAACAGUCAUCCUGUACGGGAAACAUUGUCAGAGGGAGAAGAACCCGGGAAUCGGAGGGCUUCUUCCAGGGUCCACAAGACGCCUGUCAGAUAUAGGGAAGACUUUGACCUGGAUGACGAGCACGAACAUCCAGAGAACGGAGAGCGGCCCAAGAGACAGAGAAAGCCUCGAAGAAGCGACGGAUUCGCUUACUCGGACGAGGAUGAAGAUGACGCACCGUUAUCCCGCAAAGCAGUCAAGAAGCGCAAGCUUGCUCAAGACAGCGAAGAAGGGGAGCGAUCGCCGCAGGAAUCGACCACGCCCAAAAGGAAUCCCAAGCGAACAUCACCCGGAUCCUCGUCCAGCAAAAAGGGUCGUGUCAACGAGUCUUCAGAGGAUGAGGACGAUGAUGUGCCGUUGGCUAGAAAACUGGGUGCCCGCAUGCGGCACGAGGGUGGUCCCAUGGACGAUUCCGAGCGCAAAGCACGGAUUGUCCAAAGACUGGCCAAAGAACCCAGUGAAGAUGAGGAAGAAGUUCGACCCCAGAAAUUGAGUCUCCGCAAUGCUCGAAAGCAGGCCGCUCAAACCUCAAAUCCUCAAGGGAGGAACUCUCGAGCCGCUCGCAGGAAAGUCGAAUCCUACCUCGAGGAUGAAGAAGACGAAGAAGACGACGAUCUUCCCCUUCAGAGGCCUCAAAGAAAACCCGCCCCUCAAAAUGGGCGAAGUGCUCGAGGAGGUAGCAAGCUUAGGAAACGCCACGAUUCCGACGAAGAGGAGCCCGACCUCACCGAGGAUGAAGAGGAAGAGAGUGAAGAGGAGGAAUCCGAGGACGAGAUGCCGCUCAAGCGACAGAAAACAGCGCCAACACCUUCAUCCGCCCCUCCCCCCAUGAAUGGGAGACGCACUCAGCGGGCGGCCGCUCUGAACACCAUGAAGAAGUUUGCUCAUCUAGGGGACGACAGCGAGGAUAUCGACUCGGAUGACCAGCCCCUCACGCGGAAACCGCCCAAAAAGAAGAAAGCCGAGCCUGCUAAAAGGUCGCCCAAGAAACGGAAACCGGCUCGUGAUGACUUUGUCGAUGACGGCUCCUCCGAAGACGAGGACGAAGAGUCUGAGCCCUCCUCGUCUGAACCGGAUUUCCUCGAGAGCGACUACGAAGAUGAGGUGCGACCCAAACGUGGACAUGGUGGCCGCUCCAAGCCUCAACCUCAGCCCAAACUCAAUGCCUCCCGAAGAGCCGCGCAAGCCAUCGAUUCCGAAAGUGAGCACACCUCAGCCCGGCGGCCUUCAAGACUGACCAAUCGCAAUGGUUUGAGCGCCAAGGCCAGUUCCACGGGCGCUCGAGCCUCUGCGGCCGCCAAACGGACUUACUUGGAAGAGAGUGAGGAUGGAGACUCUGAGCAAGAGAAUCGAAGGCCGCGAAGAGCGGCUGCCGCCAAGAAAGUCAGAAUGAACGACUCAGAAUACUCUGAGGAGGACUUUGAGGAAGGUCAACAAGUGAGGAAGCCGAACACGCGGAUCAUAUAAGGAAAUAGUUCCGACGAGGCCAGACGACACUUCAAUCAGUGAUAAGAAGAAUGAAAUGAACUGAAGUGGAGUCAUGUUUUUGGUAUUUUUUACGUCCAUCAUGCCUGGUUUUUUGGAGCUUAACAAAGAAAAAGUCGAGAUAUGUAGCCGGAUAAUAAUAAUAAUAAUAAUCAUCAUAUUCACAAUGAGAA